AGUUGCUGCGCGCGGACAGAGGCGUCUGUGCGCACGUGAGUGUGGCAACAGCGGCGCGGAGCUGUGACUGAAACCGGGAACCGUGAGGCGGGAAAAGUCCUGCGCAGACGCGUCGGCAUGCUUCACCCGGACACCCGCGCGCCCGAAGGCGGCGUCGCGCGCAGCUCUGACCCCCGCGCGUGACGCUGAAUGGACCCGAUGCGACUCGUCGACCCCCGGCACCUCCCGCAACUGAUGCCCCUGGAGGACCGGGAGCCCACCGCGGCGACGGGCACCCUGGGGCCCCGCAACUCCACGCCGGCCGCGGGAGGAGGGGCCCCGCAGCACCACGCCGUGCCCUGGGUGGCCACCCUGCUGGCCGGCGUCCUCAUCGCGACCAUCGUGGUGGAUGUUAUCGGGAACCUGCUGGUCAUCGUCUCCGUGUUCAGGAACAGGAAGCUCAGGAAAGCAGGAAACGCCUUCGUUGUGAGCUUGGCCUUCGCUGACUUGGUGGUUGCCAUCUAUCCCUACCCGCUGGUGCUCACUGCCAUUUUCAACGACGGUUGGAUCGCCGGCUACAUCCACUGUCAGAUCAGUGGCUUCCUCAUGGGCCUCAGCGUAAUUGGCUCCAUCUUUAACAUCACGGGUAUCGCCAUCAACCGCUACUGCUACAUCUGCCACAGCCUCAAGUACGACAAGUUCUUCUCCAACAGCAACACCAUGUGCUACGUCGUGCUCGUCUGGGCGCUCACCAUCCUCGCCAUUGUCCCCAACUGGUUUGUGGAGUCGCUGCAGUACGACCCGCGGGUUUACUCCUGCACCUUCGCCCAGUCUGUCAGUUCGCUGUACACCAUCGCCGUGGUGGUGGUGCACUUCAUCUUGCCCAUUGGCAUUGUCAGCUACUGCUACCUGCGUAUCUGGAUUCUGGUCAUCCAGGUGAGGCGGCGGGUCAAGCCAGACUCGAGACCUAAAAUCAAGCCACACGACCUCCGCAACUUCCUCACUAUGUUUGUGGUGUUCGUGCUCUUCGCUGUCUGCUGGGCGCCGCUGAACCUGAUUGGCCUGGCGGUGGCAGUGGACUCCACACUGGGCCGUGCCAUCCCGGAGUGGCUGUUCACAGCCAGCUACUUCAUGGCGUAUUUUAACAGCUGCCUCAAUGCUGUCGUCUACGGCGUCCUGAACCAUAACUUCAGGAAGGAGUACAAGAGAAUCGUCCUCAUCAUCUUCAAGUUCCACUGCUGAGAUGGAAUACUUGGAAAUGCAGGGAUUUUUAUCUUUAAUGACACGAAAGAUAGAAAGAACUUUACCCUGACAAGAAAAUAAAACAGGACUGAUGAAAUGGAAAGAAAGCAAAUAAAGGUACUGUGGAAGGAGGACAACAAGAGCACUGAGUGGGAGAGAAAAAUAGGAGCGCUUUAAUAGCUGCAGGAGGAGAGAUGAAGGGCAGACAAAGUGAAAUAAAUGUUGCCACACUGAGAGUUAUCAGUGAUGCCUUCAGGGAAACAAGGAGACUAAAAAUGCAGAGAGUGAGGGAGAGGCCAGAACUUGGGAAGCACUCCUAACUGGGGAAUGUGUUUCAUCCUGACUUUCUUGGGUAAUGAAGUCGUGACUUACUGUUGAGAUGAGAGCAUAAUUCAUUGUGUUUAAUUAGCAACAUAAUUAAGUUAAAUGUGGGGUCAUUGAGUUGAACAGCAUCCUCUGUGAAUUAGAUUCAAGGAGAGCUCUGACACUGUGAUUUUUUUUAAAGAGGUCGACGCCGUUCCUGUUCCUCGAUUUGUCACAGAGGAUGAAGAUAACGACGAAGAUGACAAAUCGGCAUUGAGGAGAACGAAGAUGCAUUAUAUACUUUUAAAAUUGCAAAAUCAUUUAAGGUGCGACACAUUUUUGAACAUUAAGGCUGCGAGAGACUCUGUGUGUUCACAACAAUGAUUGGGAUAUUUUACAUGUAAUAUUACUAAUCUAUGUAAAAAGGUAGCAAACUCUCACUGAGGACAGAGGGGGACGAUGGAGGACUUGUCCAGUGACUUCAGCUUUGGACUAAGAGUCCCAGUCUGAAGCAUAAAAGUACUCCAUGAUAUGGGUCUGGUUCCUGCAAGACCGGUCCUAACUAAAACUUAAUAUUUGUUAAGACCAGCCUAACUUAAACCUUGUCUUAACUAAGGUGUCCAUGCGUCUAUGACUGCAGAGUGAUAGAAAUGUUGCAGAGUUCACCUGUUUUUACCAACCAGCUGUUGUGUAAUGUAAUCUAACAAAAACAGCUGUUCAGUGACUUCAUUGUCAUUCAGCUCUAAUAACGAGCCCCAAAAUUUACAUGAAGUCUGAAAAGUUGCUGUACAGGUUCAAAGACAGGAACACUUUUUCAAGUAGCUCAUCAUAAAACAUUAACAGCAUCACUUACAAAAUCCAUCGCUUCUAGCAGCCACGGUUUGGGUUUCUGCUUUAUGGUUUUCUGUAUCACAGAGUUCCCUGCACUCAGCUGGUAGCCGUCAUGACAUCAAUGGAAUCAUGUGUAUGCAAAUUAUUACCACUUAGAAGGUGCUCAGGUCACCUGCAAAUGGUUUAAUCACCAAGUCCUUUUAGAAAGGAGCAUUAUAAGCAGCUACCUGUGCGUUUGUCUCAAGCCCUGAACCUUGGCUCCACUGCCUUCGACUGCAGCUGGCAGUCCUGGUUCUGCUCAGCUUAGCAGCUCACUUCUCCACCUGCUGCAUUUUCUGACUCUACAUCUCACAGAGAAGAAGAAAGACUACCAUGGACAGCUGCAGUUCAAGGCAGUGAACAACGAUCCAUUAAAAAUGCAAAUAAAAAAUACUAAAAUAAAGUACCCCGUGUAUUCGUGGGGUUGUUAGUAACCCGGUAAAGUCUGUGUGGGGGAAACACUAUGCUGUGCUUUUCUACUGAUACAGUAAUAAUUACUCUGACUUCCAGUUCUAGUUGUCUGGCCAAAAGGUGGGAGAUGACGCAUGGAUGACCGACACACACUUAAAGCUCUGAGAUCCCAACAGAAAACACAGUGCAAGUCUGAGUCUGAGAAGUGCCACACCUCACCACAUCCACCUGUGUUCCCACGGCGUACACACCGGGUCAUGCAUCCACAGUCUUAGUGCCCAGAUUCCUGCAAAAAAAGUGUGUCAGAAAAUGGUGAAACAAACAUGUGCAAGAGUGUAAAACAUCCCCACACCUGCUGCCAGGGCACUUAGGAGGCUACAAGCUUUUUUGACUUUGUGAGGCCUGAAAGUUAAAAGUGUCAUUAAUCAAAAUCCACUUUUAAUUUAAAGCAGCAAAAGGUUGUUUCUCUGCCGUUCUGCUGUUAAGUGUAACUUUGCAAUGAUUCAAUUCAAUUUUAUUUAUAUAGCGCCAAAUCACAACAAAAGUCACCUCAAGGCGCUUCAUAGGUACAGAGAAAAACCCAACAAACAUAUGACCCCCUGUGAGCAAGCACUUUGGCGACAGUGGGAAGGAAAAACUCCCUUUUAACAGGAAGAAACCUCCGGCAGAACCAGGCUCAGGGAGGGGCGGGGCCAUCUGCUGCGACCGGUUGGGGUGAGAGAAGGAAAACAGGAUAAAGACAUGCUGUGGAAGAGAGACAGAGGUUAAUAACAGAUAUGAUUCAAUGCAGAGAGGUCUAUUAACACAUACUGAGUGAGAAAGGUGACUGGAAAGGAAAAACUCAAUGCAUCAUGGGAAUCCCCGGCAGUCUACAUCUAUUGCAGCAUAACUAAGGGAGGAUUCAGGGUCACCUGGUCCAGCCCUAACUAUAUGCUUUAGCAAAAAGGAAAGUUUUAAGCCUAAUCUUGAAAGUAGAGAUAGUGUCUGUCUCCCGAAUCCAAACUGGAAGCUGGUUCCACAGAAGAGGGGCCUGAAAACUGAAGGCUCUCCCUCCCAUUCUACUUUUAAAUACUUUAGGAACAACAAGUAAGCCGUGUGAGAGCGAAGUGCUCUAAUAGGUUGAUAUGGUACUACAAGGUCAUUAAGAUAAGAUGGGGCCUGAUUAUUUAAGACCUUGUAUGUGAGGAGCAGGAUUUUGAAUUCAAUUCUGGAUUUAACAGGAAGCCAAUGAAGGGAAGCCAAAACAGGAGAAAUAUGCUCUCUCUUUCUAGUCCCUGUCAGUACUCUUGCUGCAGCAUUUUGGAUCAGCUGAAGGCUUUUCAGCGAGUUUUUAGGACAUCCCGAUAAUAAUGAAUUACAAUAGUCCAGCCUGGAAGUAAUAAAUGCAUGAACUAGUUUUUCAGCGUCACUCUGAGACAGGAUAUUUCUAAUUUUAGAGAUGUUGCGCAAAUGGAAGAAAGCGGUCUUACAUAUUUGUUUAAUAUGUGCGUUGAAGGACAUGUCCUGGUCAAAAAUGACUCCAAGGUUCCUCACAGCAUUACUGGAGGCCAAGGUAAUGCCAUCCAGAGUAAGAAUCUGGUUAGAUACCAUAUUUCUAAGAUUUUCAGGGCCGAGUACAAUAACCUCAGUUUGAUCUGAAUUAAGAAGCAGAAAGUUAGCGGCCAUCCAGUUCUUUAUAUCUUUAAGACAUUCCUGCAGUUUAACUAAUUGGUGUGUGUUACCUGGCUUCAUGGAUAGAUAGAGCUGGGUGUCAUCUGCAUAGCAGUGAAAAUUUAUGCUAUGUCUUCUAAUGAUGCUGCCUAGGGGAAGCAUGUAUAAUGUAAACAGAAUUGGUCCUAGCACCGAACCCUGUGGAAAUCCAUAAUUAACCUCAGUGUGUGAAGAGGACUCUCCAUUUACAUGCACAAAUUGGAGUCUAUUAGAUAGAUAUGAUACAAACCACUGCAGUACAGUACCCGUAAUACCUACAGCAUGUUCUAAUUGCUCUAAUAGGAUAUUAUGGUCAACAGUAUCGAACGCUGCACUAAGGUCUAGCAGGACAA